AUGGAGCCCAAUGGAACGCCCCCCCUCGCUCUCUCCAUGGACGACUUCGUCUGGAUCUUCGACGACGGCUGCGUCCGCCUCCACCACCGCUUUUACUGCCUCCCUUCGCCGGACGGGGAAGACUACCUCAGCCGUCUCCCAGAUGCCCUUCUCCUCCACAUCCUCUCCUUCCUCCCCACCUCCGAAUCCGUCCGCACCUCCCUUCUCGCCCGCCGAUGGCGCCACCUGUGGGCCUCCGUCCCCGCCAUCGACUUCUUCUUCAUCACCGAGCCGAGCGCCAAGAAGAUCGGCCGAUUCGUCGCCUCCCGCAGCGGCUCUUGCUCCAUUUCUCGCCUCCGUCUCUCCCGACUCGCUCUUCGAGACGGAGCUCCCCUCUGCGACUGGCUCGACUACGCCAAAUCCCACGGCGCCCGAGACGUCGCCCUCCUCCGGUUCAGCGAUUGGGAAUACAUCCCUCGCGCAUUCGAAAUCCUGUUCGAUUGGCCAUCGCUGGUGUCGCUGGAACUGCAGCUGGUGCCCUACAAUCCCUGCGUAUUUAGGCUUCCCGAUUGCAUCGUCCUGAGCAAUCUAAAGACGCUUUCCCUUUCGCUCGACCCGAGUGAAAUUCGCAAGGAGAGCUUGGCGAGGCUGAUCUCGAGCUGCCCUAAUCUGGAAGAACUGACAUUGAAGGCAAGAUAUGCUCUCUGGUGCGAUGCCAUUGAGAUAGCGGCCCCAAAUCUUGUGAGAUUGUCCCUCCGACCUGCUCCGCCCAAGCUUCGAAUUAUUUGCCAGAAACUGCAAUGGUUAAAGCUGACGUCUCGCGAUCACGUGAAGCAGUUACAUGUCGAAGCGCCCUCUUUGAUCUCCGUUCAGUUACGGGAUCCGUGGUGUUUUGGAAGCUUUGCCCGAAGCUUUGGCAAUUGGUUGUCCGUCGUCGUCCCUUUGCCUUCGUCUAGCAGUACAAAGAGACAUGGCAUAGAGCUUAUGGUUGGGGUCGCCGUCAUCGCCCUAGUCUUCCACAUCACCCUUAGUUGGUUCCUCAUUGGCCACUUCGACCUUGGCCUCUUGGUGCGGCGGUGUCGCUCAACUUGGCCUGGUAGAUCGUGGUGGGAGGCUAGUUGGCAUACAUUGCCAUGA